GGCGCUCUGCAGGGUGCACAGUAACUGGCGCGGAGUAAACGGGAAUAAUAUUCCUAUAAACGGCCCUUGUGACUGUCGUAGGGGCCGGCGGGAGACAGGGAAACUCGCUGGUCACGGCGGAAGACGGUGCCCUAUUGAUAUCCUAAGAACUUGAAAAACAGAAAAGACCUGCUUUUAGGGGAUGAUGCUAAGGGACACUAUGAAAUCUUGGAAUGACAGCCAAUCAGACCUCUGUAGCAGUGACCAGGAAGAGGAGGAAGAGAUGGUUUUUGGUGAAAAUGAAGAUGACUUGGAAGAGAUGAUGGAUCUAAGUGACCUGCCUACCUCACUUUUUGCUUGCAGUGUCCAUGAAGCCGUGUUUGAAGUCCAGGAGCAGAAGGAGAGAUUUGAAGCACUUUUCACUCUCUACGAUGACCAGGUUACCUUUCAGUUAUUUAAAAGCUUUAGAAGAGUCAGAAUAAAUUUCAGCAAACCCGAAGCAGCAGCAAGAGCUCGGAUCGAACUCCAUGAAACAGACUUCAACGGGAAGAAGCUGAAGCUGUAUUUCGCACAGGUGCAGAUGUCCAGCGAGGCCCGGGACAAAGCCUACUUACUGCCACCUCAGCCUGCCAAACAGUUCCUCAUCUCCCCUCCCGCGUCGCCCCCCGUGGGGUGGAAACAGAGCGAGGACGCCAUGCCCGUGAUCAACUACGACCUGCUCUGCGCCGUGUCCAAACUGGGGCCAGGGGAGAAGUACGAACUGCACGCGGGGACCGAGUCCACACCGAGCGUGGUGGUGCACGUCUGUGAGAGCGAAACUGAGGAGGAGGAACCAAAGCUCCCGAAGCAGAGAAUCACCCAGACCCGGCGCCCGGAGCCCCCCAGCGCGGCGCAGAAGGAGCCCCAGGCCUUCGACUGUGCGCUGUGAGGCCCGCGCAGCCUCCGCCGCAGCUCUGGCCGUCGCCUCCAGGGGGCGCUGUGGCCCCAGGGCGGGAGGCUGCAAGGGACCCGGGCUGCCCUUCGCUCUGGGUGGGAUGGAGGCGCCGCGGUUUCACGGGUUUGAAAUGUUGAGUGAUACUCCAAAUGGCAGGUUAAAGGAUUAGCCCCCAAGAUGUGACGCUGAUGACCGUUUUAAACAGUGACAACUAGGAACAUGGCUUCCCCACCCCAGCAAGGUUAGCGCCCCAGAUUCCACUGGGCUUGGGUACCACACAUGGAGCCGUAGCACCCUGUUUGCAGUCCCAUUUUUACAAAUUUAAAAAUAGUCUUACAGUGUUGAUCAUCUGGCUGGGUGUUUUUAUUUUGGUAUAAUGGCUUCUAAUACAUUGAUCAAGGGUAAUUGUUAUUUGGUAUACAUGACUUUUUUUUUUUGCACAAAAAGAAACCUGAAAUACAGAAUAAUUCAUAAUUAUUGAUAAUGAAUAAUGAAUCUUCUUUUUUCUCUUUUUCCAAGUUUUUUUUUUGUUUUUGUUUUUGUUUUUUGGUUAACCUUGGGGAAAGAAAUGCCAAAUCCACUAUGAUGAUCAGAACCAAGUGGCGCCAGCCAGUGUGUGCGCUCUUCUUACCCUUGGCAGGCUCUUAGUAGAAGCUGGGGGAGUACUGCAUGCAGGUGGCUCUUCCUGGUAUGUCCCCCUCACCCCCAGAUGGGCUUCUGGGGAAGAACUGGUACAUGGGAAGAGGGACACAUCACGAGGAAGCUUGACUGGCUGUGGUUGGGGUGGCUGCCGCGUUCUACCAUUGGGAACCCCAGUUCUAGCCUCUGGACGGCCAGGCCGUGUGCUCUGCAGUCUGCUACCUUCCCCAGCACUGUCAGCCACUAGUUGUUGAGUUUUUCUGUGCUGUACGUAUAUUUGUGUAUGCCAUUAAUAGUCUUGAAAGUAGAAAAGGUAACCAUGAGAUUUUUUUCUGAAGACUCUUUUAAAUUUUUCUAUUGGGAUAUUUCCAGCUUGCUGGGGAAGAAAAGUCAGGCAUACUAUUUUUCUAUGAAUUAGCAGGCGAGGGGAGAGGUCAUACUUUUGUUUUCAAUGAAAUUUCUUAUGUUGGCUUAUAGUUAUCGUUUUUCCCUAAAACAGGAUAGUUUCUCACUUAUGUUUCAGAGGUGUAUUUGAACCUCCCAAGGUAGAAGUAGUAUCUAUUUAAUGCUCUGUGUUCUAUUCAGAAUUUGCGGUCCCUCUUAACAGAAAAGGCCUGUAACUGAGCGUGCUCUGCUAUUGGCCAGGUGGCCGCUGGCUCUGUGCUGUUUUGUGUGGCAGAUGUCCAGAGCUCCCCGGACAGAUAUGAGGGAAUUGCACCGGAGUUAGAACUGAUAAACCACAGUGGCUACGCUGCAAAGAAAGAAAGAAAAACGCAGAAAUUCAAACCAUAAUAUCUGUAUAUUGUUGGUAACAUGUUGUUGUACUUUAGUUCUUAUUAUAGUAAAUUUAUUUCUGAGGACUUAAACUCUAUUACCCAAACAACCCACAAAUUGGAGAGAACAAAAGUUUUCUGGGUUUUUUUUGCCCCUCACGUGCUGAAAUGAUAAGCUCUCCUAUUUGUAUAUAUUUGCCAUUGCUAAGCCUCGAUGUAAAUUCAGGUGAAAUUUACAAUUCCAGAAACAAGUAAUUUAUUGAAUUCAGAUCAUCAUUUGUCAGUUCAGCUGACAGCCACUCAAUAAAUUUAUUUUGCUAUUUA